UCAAUACAUCGUUAUCAACUUUUCGCAAAAAAGUUUUUGGGAUUAUACAGCAGUUAAAAAUAAACCUUUAAAUAUUGUUUUGAAGAAUUUCUACUUGCUGGGUAUUCGGUGUUAUAAUUUUUACGCAGGACCUAAAAUACCUUAUAUUCAGUUUUAUAUAAAAGAUCACGAUGAUUAUGUACAAGAUGAGAUCAUAAAUAUUCAGAAUGUAACAAAUGAAAUGAGUACGGUUUGGAAAUGUGAUUUCCAACGAAUAUACACAGCAGGAACGAAUGAUACUGUAAAAUCGAAAAACGGCAAGAAGUAUUGUGCUCACUUUAUUGUUUUCCAAAUUCACGUCAAAGGAGCUAAGAAAGCAUCGUUUACUGUUAAUAACUGGAAUCUGGAGACUCAGACAUCCGAACAGCUCUCCACGAAGUAUGACGGAGAAAUCGAUUACCAAUAUUCAGACGGAGGUCUGAUAUUUCUAAGAGCUAAUUCGAGUACAGGAAGUAAUCGAUUAAAAUAUUACGAUGAUAAAGGAACCCUGUUAUUUCAAACAGAUGAGAUGAAUUCUACAAUAAAAUUUCGUUCUGUUUUGACAGCACGUAAUAAUUACUUUUAUGUUGAAUGCGAACACUAUUCUACAGAACCGCCUGAUACAUAUUAUUAUAGAAUUAAAUUGGUUCUCAAGAAUCCGGAAGAAGAAGAUGAAGAAAUCAAAGUCCUAGUAAAUGGAUUAACAUUGGCUCCAAAAAUCACUUAUUCAAAAAACACAAGAACUUACAAUUACUUUUACGAAUAUGGUUUUGAAAACAAUUUGGAUGUUAUUUACGAGAACAAUAAAAAUGUGAAGGGUUCAAUUGGAUUGAAAGUUGAUAAAAACAUUUUGCUAGCAGAUACUUCAUCAGUUUCUAAUACUUCCGAACAAUAUUCAGUGAUGAAAAAGCAAAUGUCCACAGAUAAACUUAACGGGAAGACUGUGCUUUGUCGUUAUGUACAUGAUAAUAAUAAUAUUGUAUUAGUAAGUCUGCUUUUUCAGAACGGUUUGUUCGGAAAUUCAGGUGCACGUAUACUUGGUCUUCCUGAGAAAAAUAUACAAUAUGAGUAUACGAAAUCAUCUCGAAAUUAUUCAAUGACUUACUCAUAUACAUUAAAUGAGAUUGUCAAUCUGUCGUGUAUAAGUAAUUGGAGCAUAGCAACCAUUGAAAAAAUCGUAUGGCGUGAUAUAAAUAACAAUACUACAAUGAUUCCAAAUGAAAGUUAUGGGACAGUUGUUGCAUCAUUAUCAUUUAAAUUGACAGCUGAAUACAAUAACACCUACAUUCGUUGCGAGGUCCGAAAUCAUCAUAGUAUUGUAACAAACAUUGUUGAUGUUUUCCUUCAAUUGAAACCUAUAAAUGAAGUUCUUAGUUUAAUUACAGAUGAAAGCCAACCGCUAAUAAUAGUUGGUGGUUCAAUAGCAGCAAUGUUUGCUAUUGUAAUAGCAAUUAUUGCUUUAUACUGGUGGGCAAGAUCGCGGAAAAUCUCCAACGAGGAUAAUUACGAAAACUUCUCAAACGACAGCAUAUCACCGGCUUACGGCAGUCAAUGGGAAAAUCAUUAUGAAGACCCGUCAAAAGUUAACCAAACAAUAAGACAUAGUGAAGUGCCUACCGAAACACAUUAUACCGAAAUCGAUUAUUUUUUCAUUAAUCGUGAAGGCACAACACUAAGGGAUCAUUACGAUCAUUUAGAUCGCAAUUCGAGUAAUCCUAGUAAUUCGACAAGUGAAGUGAUUUUUAGAAAUAAUUGUCGUGAAGAAAGAAAUUAUUCUAUCAGUAAUUGUAAUAUUGGCUUUAAGAAUAAUAGUAUUUAUACUACUGAUCAACAAACGGAUAAUAAUGUACAUUGUUUAAAUGUAAAUAAUCAUGGUUAUUCUAAUACUAAAAGUUGUUAAUUGUAAGUAUAAAUUAAUAGAAUCGGGUAAUCGCGAGUUUGUGCCGCGGCGCCAAGGAAAAGAAAGAAAAAUCCACGAAUUCUUGUCCUGAGUCUGGGUGUCUUUGUGCAUGUGACUAAUUAAAUAAUUAGGACUUAAAUAAUAGCAUUAAAGUAUUUUUUACUGAAACUGUAAACUUAUUUAAACUUAGUUAAUAUAAUAGCUAUCGAGAGUUGGAAUUUAAUAGUAGUAGUAGUUCGACUCGCGAUCCCGCCGCGUCUGCUCAUGAUU